AUGGCGGCUGACGAUGGGCGUGAGCGGUAUUUAAGCAGCAAGCGUCUCUUGCCAUUCAUGCCCAAGCUUCCCGUCUCGUCUCCUGUUGUGCAGAGGGUUUUGGACAUGGGGCCAGGACUCGCUGCAAGGUUUUCUUGGAUGUGUUUGCUGUUGUUCAGCAAUGCUGCAAAUGUCCCUGUGCAACACAAGUACCACCCCAGGCCUCUUUACAAGCCAAGUGCUGGGCCUGCACCGCCAUCUGAUGGCUUGCGCCCAUCCCUCAUGACCCUGCAGAAGCAACAUUCAAAAGUGCACUCUGCAGUCCAGGAUUCUGACCCCACGCCUGAAAGCCAGGCCCCAUCCAGCCUCUCGACUCCAGGUGUGGCGUCCUCGGGCUUUGCAAACCAGGGCUUUGUGGCCUAUGCAGGAAACUCCGACAAGCCUUCAAGUGCUCCUGCGCCCCCUGCUAACAAGUAUGCGAAUGCUCCCAGUUCAGGUUCAAGAUGGGCACUUUAUGAUCAGACAUUCCGCUACAAACCCACAAAUUCCGGAGACCAAGCCGGCAUGGCUAACGCAGGUGUCCAGCGGCCCCAAAGUUGGGUAUUGCAAUCUUCUGGAGACAAGACCUCAACCGGUGGGCUCAAUUUAGAUGCUGUUAAGGGGCAGCCGGCAGUGACUGGAGGUGGCAACCUUCCCCCCAGUUGGGCAGAAUACAUUUCAGUUUAUGAGCCACCCUCCAGCUAUCAACCCCCGACUGCUUCUUUGCCCCCGUCUGGUGUCAAAGUAGGUAAUCCUCAAGCAAAUCUACCCAUAGGUUGGGCGGCGUACCAUCCAAUUGCUGUGCAACCUUCUGGCCGCAAACCGAGUUUAGGUCAAGUUGACGAAGUCAAAGGGCAACUACUGGAGACUCCAGCUGCAGGUGUGCCCUCAAAUUGGCCCUUCAAUCCAGUAUACAUGCCGUCUUCGACCUAUGAAUCAACUGCUCCCGAGGUUACUUCUGGUGGUAUAAAAGGGAGUCUUCCUGGUAAAGGGAAGGGGCAAGCUCAAGCCAAUUUGGGUGGAAAUCUGCCCCCAAGUUGGACAUUGUUCAAUCAAGUCUUCACAUCAUCUGGCUAUGAAACCCCAACUGCUCCAGAGAGCCCCGUCACGGCAAAGGAACAGCCUGCAGCUAAUCCAGGUGGCUAUCUUAAAGGUUGGCAAGUGUACAGUCCAGUUUAUGUGCAACCUCCUAGCUACAAACCCGCCACAGGUAGUGUGGAUGCAGUCAAGGGACAGCAGGCAUCUCAUCCUAGUGGCACGAUGCAAAAAAGUUGGACGGCAUAUGGUUCAGUUGAAGCCCAACCUUCCAGCUCCAAACCAGCCACUGGCGGUCUUGUCAAAGGGCAGUCGGCGUCCAGUCCAGGCGACCACCUGCAACAAGGUUGGGCAACAUACAGUCAAGUCUAUCCACCGUCCGUUUUCAAACCACCAACUGCUCCUGGUGGCACAAUGCAAAAAAGUUGGACAGCAUACGGUUCAGUUGACGCCCAACCUUCCAGCUCCAAACCGGCCACUGGCGGUCUUGUCAAAGGGCAGUCGGCGUCUAGUCCAGGUGACCACCUGCAACAAAGUUGGGCAGCAUACAGUCAAGUCUAUCCACCAUCCAGUUUCAAACCACCAACUCUUCCUGGGCCUGUGAAAGGGCAGCCGGCAGCUCAUCCUGGUGGCACCUUGCAACAAAACUGGGCAGCAUAUGGUGAAACCUAUCAACCAACUGAUCCUGUGGUUCUUCCUGGCACUGUGCAAGGGCAGCAGACAUCUCUUCCUGGUGCCGCCCCGGAGCAAAGUUGGACAGCAUACAGUUCAGUUGAAGCGCAACCCCCCAGCUCCAAACCGACAACUGGCGGAGGCGUCAAAGGGCAGCCAGCACCUAGUCCGAUUGCCGACCUGCACCCAAGUUGGUCAGCAUACAGUCAAGUCUAUGAGCCUGUGGUUCGUCCCGCUGGUGUAAAAGGGAGUCCUCACGGCACUGUUCAUGGGCAGCAAGCAUUUAUUCAAAGUGGCAAACUGCCCCUAGGUUGGAUUGGCUACGGUCCAGUUAAUGUGAAACCUGCAACUGGUUCAACGAAAGUUAACCUUGAAAAGGGGCAAUCCGCAGUGAAUCCAACUGACAGCCUGCUUCCAAGUUGGGCAUUGUUCAAUCCAGUGUUUACUUCUUCUGGUUUUGAAUCCCCAACUGCCCCAGAGAGCCCCAUCACGUCAAAGGGACAGCCUGCAGCAAAUCCCGCUGACAACCUGCCCAAAAGUUGGGCCGUGUACAGUUCAGGUCAUGUGCAUCCGCCAAACUACAAACCCUCAGCUGGUGGUGUGAAGCAACAGCAGCAAGUCGCAAACGCAGGUGAUCUGCACCAAAACUGGGCAGCAUACAGUCAAGUCGGUCAUUCACAAACUGCUCUGGACAUUGUGAGAGGGCAGCCGGCAGUUAAUCCUGUUGGUGCCCCGCAACGAAGUUGGGCAGCAUACGAUUCAGUUGAGGUGCAACCUUCCAGCUCAAAGCAUGAAACCGGUCAAAGGAAUGUUGACCCUGUGAAGGGGCAAAGAACAGUGAAUCCAGCUGCCAGCCUGCCUCCAAAUUGGGCAAUGUUCAAUCCAGGUUACUUGUCAUCUUCUGACUCAGAAUUUCCAACUGGUUCUGUGAAAGUGAGUCAUCUUGAUUCCGGAAGGAGGCAAGCUAUUGUGGAUGGAAACCAACCUCAAAGUUGGGUAUUGGGCCAUCCAAUGUAUGAGCCAGCUGUCCCUGAGAGUUCUGUGCCUGGAAAGGACCAACCUUCAGCUAAACCAUAUGGCAAACUGCACAAAGGUUGGGCAAUGUACAGUCCGGUUGAUGUGCGACCUUCCACCUAUAAACCCUCAACCGGUGUUGACGCUGUAAAGGGGCAGCCGGUAUUAAAUGCAGGUGGCAACGUCUUGCCACAUUGGCCCGCAUACAGUCAAGUCUAUCAUCCACCAGCUUCUCCUGUAGUUUCUCCUCCCAGCACUGUGAUGGGGCAACUGGCAUCUCAUCCUGGUGGCAACCUGCAACAAAGUUGGGCAGCAUACAUUUCUGGCACUGGGAUGGGGCAGUCGCCUGGUUGGGUGAAAGUAGCUGCGCCUGCUGGCAAGGGUCAACAUGCAUUCUCUGAAGCCAAUCUAGCACCCUCAACUGGUGGUGCCACAGGUCACACUGGUAUAGGCCAACCAGAACCACAUCCAGAUGGUAACGUGCACCAAAAUUGGGCCGCAUACAGUCACUUGAAACUACCGUUCAGCUACCAACCAAGUGGCACUGGUAAUGAGCAACUUGAAGCCCUUCCAGGUGCCAAACCGCCUGCAGCUCCUUCCAACCAAGAACCAAGUGGCGUUGGAGUUCAAGUCAGACCAUCCAUCAGGAAGGGGAAGCCUGCAGCAAAUCCAGGUGGCAACCAGCACCCGAAAUGGACAUCGUACAGCUCGGCCCACUAUUGGUCACCCGGUUUCAACCCCUCAGUUGCUCCUGUACCCUCUCCUGUUGGUGCUCAUGUAAGUCUUCCUGCCGGCGCUGGAAACUGGGGUGCAGGGUCUGUUUCAGGUGCUAAGCUGGGCUCCGCUUGGGCGGCAUAUAGGCAAAUCAAUCCAUCUUUAAACUACAAACCCUCAGGAGCUCCCGGUUCUGGACAGCAGUCCUCUCAGGGUGCGGCCAAACAAGUCUCUGGUUCAUUUUCAAGUGGUGGCCUACAAGUGAGAAGUCAAAACGAGUUGCCUGCUCAUCCAGUUGGUCUACUUGCCAACUGGCCAUACCUUCGAGUGGAUUCCAACGAUCAUGCCACAUCUGGACUUAAAGGCUAUGACUCUGCCGGUGUUCCCAACAGGAGCCCUUUGAAGUGGAUCUCUUCCCAUCCAGGCCACCCCGGCCAAGCUCUGGUCCAAUUUCCAAUGGAAGCCAGAGCCCCAUGGUUGUCAUCUCAAGUGUUUGCUGCUGAGUUGCCGGAGGAGGAUGAUGAUGAUGAUGAGGAGGAGGAGGAGCUUCCAACUUAUAUUGUUCGUAACCGAAACGGCUAUCGGCAAUGGCCCAAAGAAUUCUCCAGAAUGCAUUAUUUCCAAAAGGACGAGCAACCCUACGUUCCCUACCUGAGAAGAUCUCCAAAGGUCUAA